GGGGAAAGUCCUGAUGAGUGCAUGUGUCCUCACAGUGGUCUGCAGGAGAGAGGGAACUCCUCACCGUCACCCACUCCCGACGGAACCCCGCGCUAAGGUUUUUGUGCACGUCAGGGGAAGAGGCUGUGCAGAGACAAGAAGAGCGUAUAAACGACUACAGCAAUCAUCUGAUAUGGAGGAGAUGGAGAAAAUGGUGGGUUUGGAAAAACUUCUUUGAUAAGUAUGCGGCAUCUUGUUUGACGUCAUCAGCACCUCGUAGCCAUGCGGUACACAACGCUGUUGACCAUCCUGGCAGCUGUGCUGCUGUAUUUGGUGUUGGGGGCUCUGGUGUUUGGCUGGCUGGAGUCCUCCAGGGAGGAGCGGGCUCACCGUGAACUGCUGACGUCUCGAAUGACUUUCCUACAGAAUCACAGCUGCGUCACUCCUUACAGUCUGAGAGAGUUUACAGAGAAAGUGGUUGAUGCUAUUGAAGCUGGUGUAGAUGCCAGAAGCACAUCAAAUUAUACCAGCAGAUGGGAUCCAUCCAAUGCUUUCUUCUUCUGUGGUACCAUCAUAACCACUAUCGGGUUUGGAAACAUUUCGCCCAAGACGAAAGGCGGUCAGUUGUUCUGUAUAUUUUAUGCUCUGGUGGGGAUCCCCAUGUUUGGGAUACUGUUAGCAGGGGUCGGAGAUCACCUGGGCACCCUGCUGAGGAGAGCGGUGGCAAAGGUAGAGACUCUGUUCUUGCGUAAGGGUGUAAAGCCCACCAGUGUCCGCGUAAUCUCCGCUGUCUUCUCCAUCCUGAUUGGCUGCUUAGUCUUCAUCGCUGUGCCGACCAUGGUGUUUCAGGAAGUGGAGAGCUGGAGCCUGUUGGAAGCGGUGUACUUUGUCGUGAUCACCCUGACCACGGUGGGCUUUGGGGACUAUGUGGCAGGGAACAGGAGAGAUGGAACGCCCCUGUACAAGCCAUUGGUGUGGUUGUGGAUAGUGUUUGGUCUGGCGUAUUUUGCAUCCAUCCUCACGAUGAUUGGGAACUGGCUUAGAGUGCUUUCAAAGAAGACACGUGCAGAGAUGGAGGAGCUGAGAGCUCAUGCAACAGACUGGACUCAGAACAUCCAGAACAUGUCCAUGGACUUCCGUAUUCCCGUGCCACUGGAUCUCAACGAUCCCUUUCAGCUCCAACGCCGACGUAAACGUAAGCGCCACCGCCAUCAUCGCCACCCAAGACUGAGCACGGCAGCCCUGGCUCAUGGGAUCUCCCUCGAUGCCGAUGUUAUCCGAGAGAAUGGACACCUGAUUCUCGGAUGGCCUGCAUGCAAAUACACCCCAGGGUCUGAAGCGCUGUCCCGAUCCAGGUCGUUGUGUAGGUUAGAUGGGGCGUAUGAGGCAAGAACAGGAUCGAAGCUGACGGUAGGACCUGCUUCAAGAUCGGUUUCAAGGUUAGACCUGAAACCAUCAUCGAGACCCGGUUCCAGAGCCAUUUCCAGGUCCCCUUCUGAAUGUGGAACGGCAUCGGUCUCUGGAUCCGAGACACCUUCGGAAUCCUGGUCGGAAUAUGAAUAUGAUUCAAAUUCACGUAACUCACAGGACCUGGAAUCUGAAGGGUCUUUCAGAUCGCUGCAAAGUCAGAAGGAUGUUCCCGUCGUCGUGGUUGACAGCUACAGCCCACCUCAUCCCUCCCUUCUGGACUUCUUUGGCGAGAACCUGGCGUACAUCGAUGAGUCUUCAGAUGCUCUUAGCGACCGGGUCAAACCAACAGGACAGAACCGCCAACGCAAAGCCAAGAGGAGGAGCAUGAGGAGAGAGAUUCCCCACUCACAUCCUGUCGAACUACAGAGGGAGAUCAGUAAUGAACUACAACCUCCAUCACACCCUCCAACACCUCCACCUCAAACCUGACAAAUAAGCAUUGACCAAGGGUUAUAAGCUUUCACAUCACACUUCGAAGAUGUCAAACAUGACUGAUGCAGACCAUUGCAAAUAUGCAUGUAAAUUAGAGCUGGGUAACAUUUUUUUAUUGAUUUCUCGAUCUUUUCCGAAACUAUAUUGAUUCUUAAAGGACAAGUCCACUUCCAGAACAAAAAAUUACAGAUAAUGUACUCCCAAGAUGUUCAUCUUUGUUUCUCCACUCGUAAAGAAAUUGUUUUUUGAGGAAGACAUUUCAGCAUUUUUCUCCAUAUAGUGGUUUUCUGUGGUGCCCCGAGUUUGAACUUCUACAAUGCAGUUUAAAUGCGGCAUCAAACGAUCCCAAAUGCGGUUGUAAAUGAUUCCAGCCGACGAAGAAGGGUCUUAUCUAGUGAAACGAACGGUUAUUUUUAUAGAAAAAAACAAUUUAAAUACUUUUUAAUGUCAAAUGCUCGUCUUGUCUUGCUCUCCCUGAACUCUGUGUAUUCUGGUUCAAGACAGGGUAUGUCGAAAAACUCCAAUCGUAUUUUCUCCCUCAACUUCAAAAAUCAUUUCAAAAUCAUCCUACAUCGUGACAUUGUUUACGUCACGUAACGUCACAUUUACCUCAGAAAAAACAUAUUCGGUAACCGUAAACUCGUUAGUCAGCUAGAAAAAUGAAAAAGCCGCCAUUUAAAUGUUUGAUUCAAAAACGAAUUGGAAUAGAAAUAUAAUGUAAUUGUAAAAUUAGUAUUAUUACUUUAUUAUUAUAAAAACUUAAUUGUGUAAUUUAAGUGUUUGUAUGCAAAUCAGUUAAUUUUAAUCUUCAAUACUGUACCACCUGACUCUCAUGUAUAUUUUACAGCGUUAGUUGAGAGAUUUUUUUUUCUUGAGAAAAUUUGCCACCUGAUAUAUAUCCAAAAUAGAUAUUGCAAACUUGUGAAGUAUAAUAUAAAUUGAAUCGAAUUGUGAAAUCUGUGUCAGUACCCAGCCAAAUGUAAAUAUAGCUUAAAUGAAUAUUUGCACAUUGUACAAAAACAAUUCAUGCCUCCCAGACAAACAUACAGUGGCUUUGUUCAGAAUAGCAUACUACCAUUUCUGCGGUAUUUACUUGUGUCAAAAGUUUGGGGUAAGAUUUGGUGUCCAAGAUUUGAUUCAAAGUGUCCAGCACUCUUAAAAAUAAAGGUGCUUCACGAUGCCAUAGAAGAAUCUUUUUUGUUUAAAUGGUUCCAUAAAGAACCUUUAACAUCUGAAGAACCUUUCAGUUUCACAAAAGGUUCUUUGUGGUGAAAAGAUUCUUCAGAUUAUAAAAAGGUAAGAAAGAGAUGAUUCUUUAAAGACACUUUGACUGAAUGAUUCUUCUAUGGCAUCACUGUGAAGAACCUUGUAAAACACCUUUAUUUUUAAGAGUGAAGGCUGUGUUUUUCUUUGAUCAAAAAUACAGUAAAACAGUAAUAUUCUGAAAUAUACAGUUUAGAAUGACUUUCUGUUGUAAUGCAUUUUAAAAUGUCAUUUAUUCCUGUGAUGCAAAGCUGAAUUUUUAGUAUCAUUAAUCCAGUCUUCAGUGUCACAUGAUCCUUCAGGAAUCAUUCUAAUAUGCUGAUUUGCUGCUCAAGAAACAUUUCUUAUUAUCAAUGUUAUGAUAAUAAGAAUCAAUGCAAUUUGAUCACCUUUACCAUGCUUUUCCACAUAAAUCUAAAGUAACCAUACACGGUAAACAUCUUUUUUUAUUAUAUAUAUAUAUAUAUAUAUUUUAAUUUAAAUGAUUUUUGCAAAUGCAAAAUGACGAUUUUUAAUAAAACAUGCUUCGUGAAGUCAUGCAUUAACAGCAUUACCAGGAUAUGCUUUAAAUUUUAAUAUUUAUUCUAUUUUGAACAUAGCAAUUGUGAGAACAUUUUAGCAACAUGAUUAUUCAGCAAACCAGGUGUUUUAAUGUUUAAUUUGUCACUGCUAUUGCUAUUGCUUAUAGUAUUUAAUAGCAUUCACAGUAAAUGAUGUCAGUGUAAUAGGUUGUGUUCUGCUUUGUAACCACAAGAAAAACUACGAACAAGUAAAUGUUAUGUUUUUAGGAGUGAUACUUUACCGUUUAUAUUUUGCGUGAAGUACUUUGAGCAAACAGGAGACAUUUUUGUUGUAAGAUGUACAUUGUUUAUUGAAAUGUCAUUUUAUUUGUGUGCCAAAUUGGUUAAAAUCUUCUUGUCAUUUCAAGACAAAGGAUAUCU